UGUUAGCGCUGCAGCUAAAAUAGCCUUAGAUGUGUUUUACCUUUAAAAACAAUCCCAUUUAACCUCUAUUAACUUGCCAAACUGUAAAAUUCACAUUCUCCCUGGAUAUGGGGGACAAGGCAGGAACACGGGUUUUCAAGAAGUCCAGUCCAAAUUGUAAGAUUACAGUAUAUCUGGGAAAAAGGGAUUUUGUGGAUCAUCUAGAUCAUGUGGACCCAGUGGAUGGAGUCAUCCUUGUAGACCCUGAAUAUCUCAAAGACAGAAAAGUGUUCGUGACGCUAACCUGUGCCUUCCGCUACGGACGUGAGGACCUGGAUGUUCUUGGUCUUUCCUUCCGGAAAGAUCUUUAUGUAUCCACAUUUCAAGCUUUCCCACCCAUCAAAGAGGAGCGCAAGCAUAACAGUCGUCUUCAGGAAAGGCUUUUGAAGAAACUGGGACAGCAUGCUCAUCCUUUUUACUUUACUAUUCCUCAAAACUUGCCAUGUUCAGUUACUCUGCAGCCUGGUCCUGAAGACACUGGAAAGGCAUGUGGGGUAGAUUAUGAGAUUAGAGCUUUCUGUGCCAGGUCUGUGGAGGAGAAAAUUCAUAAAAGAAAUUCUGUCCGAUUAGUCAUUCGUAAAGUGCAGUACGCUUCAGAGAAGCCUGGUCCGCAGCCGAUGGUGGAGACGACACGGAGCUUUCUGAUGUCUGACCGCUCUCUGCAUCUUGAGGCCUCUUUAGAUAAAGAGCUUUAUUACCACGGGGAGCCCAUCAGUGUGAACGUUCAUGUCACCAACAACUCAACCAAGACGGUCAAAAAAGUCAAAAUAUCCGUGCGGCAGUAUGCUGAUAUCUGUCUGUUCAGCACAGCGCAGUACAAAUGUCCAGUGGCUCAGCAUGAGGCAGAUGACCAGGUAUCGUCCAGCUCCACAUUCUGUAAGGUGUACACUCUCACGCCCACCCUGAACAACAACCGAGAGAAGCGAGGGCUUGCGCUGGACGGCAAACUUAAACACGAAGACACCAACUUGGCCUCCAGCACCAUUGUUAAGGAAGGAUGUACUAAGGAGGUUCUCGGAGUUCUUGUGUCGUAUCGUGUUAAAGUCAAACUAGUCAUCUCACGUGGAGGGCUUUUAAGCAGCUUACUGGAGAGAGAUGUCUCAGUAGAGCUGCCCUUUGUUUUAAUGCAUCCCAAACCGGUAGAUCUGUCCACCUCUCGGUCAGCCUCAGCUGUACCAGAGGCUGACCCUCCUAUCGACACCAACCUCAUAGAGUUUGACACAAGUAGCUUCACCCAGGAUGACGACCUGGUGUUUGAAGAUUUUGCCCGCCUGCGGUUAAAAGGAAUAAUCGAUGAUAAGGAUGAGGACUGCUGAACCUUCUUUUAUGCCUGUUUUAUUUUUAAUUUACACCCAGUUCAAAAACUCACAGCAUCACACGAACCACUGACUAAUCCACCCAACGCACGAUAGUGAAUCCACAUCCUAAUGCCAUUCCUGUGAUAAAGCAGUGUUUUGCCAACAUGUUGGCCGUAAUAUUAAAACAAAAGACUUUGAAACAUUUUCAAGUUGAAUGAUGAAGAGCAUUGAACAAAAGAUUUUAAGAAAUGCCAAGCAAAUCUGCUGCUUGUUCUAAAGUUAUAUGGGUGAAGACAAGAUGAAUAUGUCAAGAGAAAGUUGUUCUGUAAUCUACUGAAGUUAAUUUUGCAGUGCCUUUGUACAGUAAAGACUAGUAAAGAUUUCUUCACAAAAUAAAACUAUUAUCAUUUAAAUGUGACAAACAAGCCACUGUAAUUGGCAUUAAUACCAUGGCCAUGGAAAGUCUUUAGAAAGCUGUUUGUAAUAACAGGCCAGCAUUAAAGUAGAUCCAGUUCAAGUUUAUUUUCACUUUUAAAUCAGUGCACGGACAUGGAGAGUCCCCCCCAACACUCCAUUAAAGGAGUAACCACAGCUCCAAAUAAAAGCUGGUUAAGAUAAGGGAACAGAAAAUAACAGUAAGUUUACUGUUUUAAUAUCAUUUACUUUAAAGGAAUACAAAUGUACACAAUCUCUAUUUAACUGGUGGAAAAGUGGCCAUGGUAUAAGCGAGAUAAUACCAGCCGAGCUGUCCUGUUAUAGAGAAAUAAGUUUGCUGAAAUUAAACUGGAAUUUCACGUUGGGUAUCCUCCUCUGCGUCGGCUGUUAUUUUAUUGUAACAGGACAGUACGUCAGGUGUCAUCAAACCCAGAAAGAACUGAACCCUUGCAUAAUAAUGAUAAUAAUAAGUGUCCAACUCUCAGAUACAUUGGCGUGUUCCUUCUCCCUUUACAAAGAUGUAACAGAACCGCUAUUGAGUGUGUGUGUGUGUGUAUGUAUGUAUAAGUAAUGGUACUGUAAAAACUUCCUAAUGCCAACUGGACAGUAAUGGAAUGUAAAUAAACAAGGUAAUUUGAGUGAAACAAUCAUCUUAUUACACAUUUAAAAUACUCAUAAUAUUAUUUUCUUUAUCAUUGUUUGCCAUUUUCAUUGUUUGUUUUUGAAAUUUCAGAAUGUAUUUAAUUUUUUAAAUAAAAGAAUAGUCCAAUGCCA